UGCUGCUGCCACUGCCCAGUUAUACCAAUACCAGGAAAGUUGUGUUCUUCUUGGGAGGAAUAAAGCAAGGAAAGACAAGGAAAGAAAUAUCUGCAAAACAAAACCAGGAAAUCUCAUCUGGAGGCUUUGAAGAAGACCUACAGGGAUUGCACGAGGUUGCGAGCACUUCCAAAACACACACACACACAUAUACGCAAGAAUCUUACUGCUCUGUCAGGUGUAUGGGACUUAACUUCUUGAAGCACUGAACUGUAAAAGGAAAACCAUGACCACUUUACUACUAGCAUUUGUGUGUUUUCAAGUCAUCACUACAGCUGUCUCUGUGGAAGUUUUAGAUCAUGGUGCCACAUUGAGUGUGAGCAUACCUUUGCGUUCCCCCCUGCACGUGCCCCUGGGGAAAACUUUGACCAUCCCUUGCUACUACAUCGACACAUUGGAGCUUGUCACCACGUCUCCGUUCACUGCCCCUCUGUCUCCAAGAAUCAAAUGGAGCAAACUGUCAGAUGGCAAAGAAGUGGUAUUGCUGGUGGCCAUGGAUGGGCAUGUGAGGAUCAACACUGCAUACCAGGAGGUGGUCUCUCUGCCCAAUUACCCUGCCAUCCCCACCGAUGCCACCCUGGAGAUCAAGGCGCUUCGGUCCAAUGACACCGGGACCUACCGCUGUGAGGUGAUACAUGGCAUCGAAGACAGCCAGGACACUGUGGAGGUGAAAGUGAAAGGCAUCGUGUUCCAUUACAGAGCCAUCUCUACCCGGUACACUUUGGACUUUGAGAAGGCGAAGCAGGCAUGCAUCCAGAACAGUGCUGUCAUUGCAACCCCUGAGCAGCUACAGGCUGCCUAUGAUGACGGCUUUGACCAGUGUGAUGCUGGUUGGUUGGCUGAUCAGACUGUCAGGUACCCAAUGCAUCACCCCCGAGAAGGUUGUUAUGGUGACAAGGAUGAAUUUCCCGGAGUGAGAACAUACGGCGUUCGCGAAACGGAUGAGACAUAUGAUGUGUAUUGUUAUGCAGAUGAAAUGGAAGGUAAAGUCUUCUACGCCACCUCCCCAGAGAAGUUCACCUUCCCAGAAGCUGCGGAGAAAUGCCGCAGCCUCGGUGCUCGCUUGGCAACAACGGGAGAGCUGUAUCUGGCCUGGAAAGAUGGCAUGGAUGUUUGCAGCGCUGGCUGGCUGGCAGACCGCAGCGUCCGGUACCCCAUCAACAAGCCACGGCCCACUUGUGGGGGCAACCUGGUAGGGGUCCGCACAGUGUACCUCUAUGUCAACCAGACAGGAUAUCCUUACCCCUACUCCCGCUAUGAUGCCAUCUGCUAUGCUGGUGGUGACUUCGGCACAAUCGUCCAUGAGAAGUUCACAGAAGACACAGUUGAUGAAUUGGGCAGUGGCUUCACCAUCCAGACUGUCAUUGAGCCAGAUGUGGAGCUGGAGUUUCCACACAAUGCCACGGAAGAGGAAGCCCGGGGAAGCAUUGUGACCUUGGAGCCAAUUGACUUUACAGCCACCACCUCCGAAGUGGAUGAAGGCUUCACGGUGACUCCAGAUCUCUUUGCUACUGGCGUCACUGAUGAGGCAGAGAACAGGACUGAAGAGGGAAUCUGGGAAGGUCCAGAAAAUGCCACCGUCUCAAUCCUGGACGCUCUUUUCACCACUGAUACCCCAGAAGUGAGCUCGGUGGAAGACAGCCUGUGGGCGACAGGAACACCCGAACCAGAAUCCGACUCACCGUUUACAGUGGAAGAUCAGAUUGUGCCAAGGACAGCUGUUCCUGACGUUGGUCUUGUUCCCAGGGAGCCCAUCCUUCCCAAAGGUGUCAUCUUUCAUUACCGACCAUCCACCAAUAGAUAUUCCCUGACUUUUGUCAAAGCUCAGCAAGCUUGCCUGGAUAAUAACGCCGUUAUUGCUACUCCUGAGCAACUGCAGGCUGCCUAUGAGGAUGGUUACGAUCAAUGUGACGCUGGCUGGCUGAGAGACCAGACGGUCAGGUACCCCAUCGUGGUUCCACGGAGCAAAUGCGAAGGGGACAAAGACGAUAUCCCAGGGGUGAGGACGUACGGGAUGCGGCCAGCCUCAGAGAUGUUUGAUGUAUACUGUUAUGUCAACAGGCUGAACGGGGAGGUCUUCUUUGCAACAGAGCCAGAACAGUUCACCUUACUGGAAGCCCAAGAAUACUGUGAGAGCCAGAAUGCUACUCUGGCUUCCACCGGACAACUCUAUGCUGCCUGGAGACUGGGUCUAGAUGACUGCCGUGCAGGCUGGCUGGCUGAUGGGAGUCUCCGCUAUCCCAUUGUCAACCCACGUCCUGCAUGUGGUGGGGAGAAGCCUGGCGUGAGAACCACCUACUUGUACCCAAAUCAGACGGGGUUCCCUGACCCACGAACUAAGCACCAUGCUUUCUGUUUCAGAGCUCUACCAUCUCUGUAUGAGGACAUAAUAGAGGAGGAUCUCAUUGCAGCCCAGCUGGUCCCUGGGGUUGAGGAAGUCCCAUCUGGGGAAGAAACAACUGUGGAAAUGGAGUUUGCCACUGAUUCUGAAAAUCAGACCGAGUGGGGAACGGAAGUAUUUCCAACGGACAUAUCGUUGUUAUCUGUGAGCCCAUCAGCUGUUCCUCCCCCAACUGAUGUAGUACCUGAUGAAACAAGUGCAGAAGCUCCAAUCACAGAGACAUCUGCUUCUGGGUGGACAUCUGGAGCUCCAGAUUUAAGUGGAAUGAUUGAGCCUAGUGGAGAACCCUCUGGAUUUGGAGAAAGUGGAUUUCCUUCUGGAGCCCCAGAUUUUAGCGGGCUCCCUUCCGGAGAGAGUGGGCUACCAUCAGGAGACAUAAGUGGCCUGUCUUCUGGCAUUAUUGAAGUCAGCAUCUUGCCUUCUGGAGAUGAAGAAUUAUCAGGGAUCGGCUCAGGAAUCCAAGAGCGAAUACCUGGACUUCAAGAAGGCAAAGGCACUGAAGAAAUUAGUGGGUUGCCUUCUGGAUUUAGUGGAGAGGGUUCUGCUGUUGACCUUUUCAGUGGCUUACCAUCUGGACAGUAUGAUUACAGUGGUCUCACAUCUGGAUUCCCUACAGUCUCUCUUGUGAAUGCCACUUUGGUGGAAGUUGUAACCACAGCAACAGAAAAGGAAAUGGAAGGGAAAGGGACAAUUGGCAUCAGUGGGGAUGGAGACUUAUCAGGUUUGCCCUCCGCUGAGUGGGACCUUAGUGGGAUAACGAGUGGGUUGCCUUCUGGAAUUGACACCAGUGGAAUAACUGAUAUCAGUGGGCUUUCCUCAGGACUUGAUAUCAAUGGGGAGCUCUCUGGGAUACCGGAUAUCAGUGGAUUACCAUCAGGACUUGAUAUUAGUGGACAACCAUCUGGUCUACCAGAUAUCAGUGGGUUAUCCUCAGGAAUUGACUUCAGUGGAACAACUUUUGGGAUACCUGAUAUCAGUGGCUUUGUGGACCUAAGUGGCCAGGCUUCAGCUACUGAUGAAAGCGGUGAACCUUCAGGGGUCACUUUCAUAGAUGCUCAUUUGUUUGAAGUGACAACCCCUUCAGCUAAACAAGAAGAAGGGAAAGGGUUUGUAGAAAUAAGUGGAUUGCCUUCAGGAGAUGAAGAUCUAUCAGGCACAGUGUCUGGAAUUUUAGAUGUUAGUGGUCAGCCUUCUGGACAAAUAGACUUCAGUGGAUGGACAUCAGGAGUUCAUGAAGGCAGUGGACUUCCAAGUGGACUAACAGAACUGAGUGGAGAAAGUUCUGGUGUUGGUCUCACCAGUGGCUUGCCAUCUGGAAUUUACGAUUAUAGCGGGCUCUCAUCUGGGUUUCCCACAGUCUCUCUUGUGGAUACAACUUUGGUGGAAGUUGUAACACAACCAUCUGUUGCCCAGGAACUUGGAGAAGGGACAUCUGGAGUAUUAGAAAUCAGUGGAUUUCCUUCAGGAGAGAGGGAAACAUCUGGAGAAGUAUAUGGUGUGACGACAGCUAGUGGAUUACCAUCAGAGACAGUUGACAUCAGUGGCACGUCAUCAGGCAUUUUGUAUUUCAGUGGAGAAAUUUCUGGUGUCACUGACUUAAGUGGAGAAUCCUCAACUGUAGCUGGUACUAGCGGUGAUGCUUCUGGAAUCCCAGAAAUCACUUUAAUCUCUUCUGAUUUAGUAGAAACUGUGACCACCCCAGGGGUUUCACAGGAACUGGCUGGUGGAACAGAGGCAGUGCCACAUUUUCCUGAAUCAAGUGGAGAAGCCUCCACAACUAGUGGAGAGACUUCUGCAUAUCCUGAAAGUACCAUCAAAUCCCCUGAAUAUCAUGAUAUUAGUGGUGAAACAUCCACAUUUCAUGAAGCUGGUGUAGAAGCCUCUACAAUUCAUGAAACAAGUGGUGAAACCUCAGCUCUGCCAGAAAGCCACCUAGAAUUGUCAACCCCUUAUGAAACAAAUAGUGAAACAUCUGCAUUACCUGAAAGCUACCCAGAAAUAUCUGGGACACCUUUUGUCAGUGACUUGCCCUCUGGGGCAUUUGAAGAAAGGAGCCAGAUUCAUGGGGAUAGCUCAGGUCCAGCCCCUCACCCGGUCUCAGAUGUUCCAGAGAAACUUGACACUGAUAAUCCAGAACUAACUGAGCACUCCAAGCAUCUAGAUGAGACCCAAGUUGAAACAGAGGGAUCAGAAACAGAUGGUGUAGCUAUUCCAGAGGUUCCACCAACACUACCUACCACCACUGAUGUCAAGACUGAAGUUUCAUCAAAGGUGACUGAUGAGACUGAGUCCAUUGCACAAGUUAUACCCAAGACAUGUGAAGAGAAGCCAUGUGGAGCUGGAACCUGCCAGGAACAAGAUGGGAGGAUUACUUGCUUGUGCCCAUCUGGGUAUACGGGCGAUCAUUGUGACAUAGACAUUGAUGAGUGUCACUCCAGCCCCUGUCUGAACGGAGCUACCUGCGUCGACGGCGUCCACACUUUCACAUGCUUAUGCCUUCCCAGCUACGGAGGGGACCUCUGUGAUAUUGAUCUGGCAGAAUGUGAAGCGGGCUGGACCAAAUUCCAAGGGAACUGUUACAAGCAUUUUGAAGAGAAACACACAUGGGUGGAUGCCGAAAAACUGUGCCGAGAGCAUCAGUCUCACCUAAGCAGUAUCAUCACGCCUGAAGAACAGGAGUUUGUGAACAACAACGCACAGGACUACCAAUGGAUUGGCCUUAGCGACAGAGCUGUUGAAGAUGACUUCCGCUGGUCUGAUGGACACUCCCUUCAAUAUGAGAACUGGCGGCCCAACCAGCCUGAUAACUUCUUUGCCAAAGGAGAAGAUUGUGUCGUCAUGAUCUGGCACGAGAAAGGGGAAUGGAACGACGUGCCCUGCAACUAUCACCUCCCAUUCACAUGCAAAAAAGGAACAGUGUCCUGCGGAGACCCACCCACGGUCGAGAACGCUAAGCACUUCGGCAAGAAGAAGGACCGCUACGAGAUCAACGCCAUGGUGCGGUACCAGUGCAGUCAGGGCUACAUACAGCGCCACGUGCCCACCAUUCGGUGUCAACCCAACGGGCACUGGGAAGAGCCACGGAUAGCCUGUAUAGAUCCCUCCACCUACAAACGCAGACUACAUAAGAGAAGCCCACGGACUCGAUCAAGGACCAAUGGAGGGACAGCACAGAGAACCACCCAUUAGAGAGAGGAGAGAGAGAGAUAAGAGAGAGAAAGAGAGAGAGAGAUUUUAUGGAACAGUUAUAUUAACAGAAUUGAUUUCUUGUUGCUUUUGUUGUUAUUGUUGUUGUUAUAUAAGGGGGGAAAGUAUAUUAAAGAAAAAAAAUUGCCUUGUGUAUAUGUAAAAAAAAACCCCAAAAACCUAAAAAAAGAGGGAGAGAAAAGAAACCUUUGCAAAACCGCAAAGGAGAAGCAAAUACAAUUCCAGCAUUUUAUUUUAUUUUUUACUAACUGUCUGAAUCCAAAUGUCUUUGUGCCUUGGGGGGAUUUGGGGAGGGCUACAAGAGGGUGAGGGUUAAGUUAAAUAAUAAAGAGGAUUGUGAAAUUUUUGUUUGGGGAGGGGUGUCCUGAUUUUAUUUACAGGUAAUGUAAUUAUUGAA